CAAUUUACGGCGUUUGUGGCCUUUCGCAUGAAAACAAAAAAGUGUAAACAAAUAAAUGGAAAUUGAAUUAAACAUUCGAAAUCUACGUAAUUUGUGUCGUAUAUGUUUGGGUGUACCUGAUUACAACUUGUGGGAGCAGAAAGUUUGUUGGGCCAAUGAGGCUACAACAAAUGAUGGAGAUACGAGCGACCAAAAUGCCGAGGAUAUAACCGUACGUGAGGUGCUGCAAAUGUACAAUGAUUGGCAGCAUUCAAUAUUGGAAAUGGAUGACGAACUGCAACUGAUAUGUAAACAAUGUCUGAAUGAACUACAACCUCAUUAUCGCUACUAUAGGCGCUUGCUUGCCGCAAAUAGGCAAAUGAAGCAGCUGUAUGAGGAAGCACUGGAGAAGGAAGUUGUAACAAACCAAGUGAUUAUUGAGAAUAUAGCGCUUGAAGACAAUUUACCAGAGUUUAUGGAUGUUGCAACAGAGUAUCCCACACAACAAGACUCCAGUACACUAAAGUUUGGGAAAAUGGGAAGGCACAAAGGUCCUGACUAUGACAAAAGUUGCAAGAUCUUACGCGAAGAAUUUUCACAGGUAAAAUCUGGUAAAGUCAAAUCCCCAUAUAACAAAUAA